UGACGGCUCAAGAACAAGCAGCGAUGACUCCUGAAAGUGAGUUUGUCGGCGGAAACGUGACCUUUGACAUUCCGUACGUGCCAGCCUACAACGACCCAACUACGGUGGAGUACCAGACCUUGGCUCAAAAUUUCAUCACGGAGAUGGACAACCUUUUCAUGAAUGAUGAGGGUUACUUGCAAACUGUCGUACAUGAAGUUACACCCGGGAGCGUCAGGAUCCGCUUCGAAAGCAUUUACACGCAGGCAACGGACGCCAACAUACCCUUUAAAGAGACCUUCCGAGCAAAGCUAGAGGUAGAGGCGCAAACCGGCUUCCUCGGCCAAUUUGUGUUCGUACCGUCCACGCUUGUCGUCUUUGAUGUGUGUAAUCUGUACUGUUUCAACGGAGGAACGGUGAACAGAGCGAUCGAUGUGUGUGCUUGCAGCUGUCCAGACGGCUUCCUACCACCAUCAUGCCAAGCUCCAACCACCACAAUGAUACCGACGCAGCCUGCCACUACCACUGGAAAGCCCUUGACCACUACAAUAUCCCAAACCACAGGAGUCUUUGCCACAACUAAGAUAUCCACCACCACUGAAAAACCAACCACAGCUGCACUACCCGCUAUCACGUCAACUGCGAAAAUGUCUCCCACCACCGAGUUGCCCGUCACCGCUCCAAAGACCAGCGCAGUCGAGCUGUCAGAAACCACGUCAAACCUCACAGUUGCGCCAAUAAGCACCGAAAUGGUGAUGACAACCGAGGAGCCUCAAACCACGGCAAUGCCAACCACAACCGUGUUGGCAACAACAGCGGAGCUAUCUACAACUGCAAUAUUGCCAACAACCCCAGCAAUUCCCACCACUGCGGAGUUGCCAACAACCACAGGUAUUCCCACCACCACGGAAAUUCCUACCACUACGGAGUUGCCAACAACCACGGAAAUUCCCACCACUACGGAAAUGCCAACAACCAUGGGAAUUCCCACCACUACGGAAUUGCCAACAACCACAGGUAUUCCCACCACCACGGAAAUUCCUACCACUACGGAGUUGCCGACAACCACGGGAAUUCCCACUACUACGGAAUUGCCAACAACCACAGAAGUUCCUACCACCACGGAGUUGCCAACAACCACGGCAAUUCCCACCACUACGGAGAUGCCAACAACCACGGAAAUUCCUACCACUGCUGAGCUGUCAACGGUUCCGGGACCGAUUCUACAUUGUCAUGCAUUUGAGUACAGGCGUAAUAAGUUAAAGUUAGACUUUCCACAUAACGACCAAAUAGUGGACUAUUGGCAUCGUGAUUUCCCCUACCCAAGGUUUCCUUUUUGUCUGGAUUACAUCGAUGAGCCUUUUCCCGCGGGUCCGGAUGGAUUUGAGUGCCCGAAUCCCACUACCUUAGAUUACUACGUUGAAUGCCUGGAGCACCACUAUCGAAUUCUUGAGAGCAGUAGUCAUUGUAACCUUACACAGUCGACAUCUUGCCCCUCCCUGGAAGAAUUAUACCGCGAAAUCAACGAUACGUUUGGUACCGAUGACCCCACUUUCUUCAUCGUACUCGAAAUAUUCACGACAACUACAUUCCGUGAGUGCCUGGCGAUUGGUGACAACGCCACUCGAACCGUCUCAGACGGAAUCGAGUGUCCACCCGCCGACAUUGUACAAGACCAAGCUGAGUGUUUAGAUUACCAUUUCGGUAGUGUUGUCUUGAAUGGUCAGACUUUUACCGGAAACGCAAGCGGUGUUUGCAAGGCACCGCCGACGUAUUGCCCGUCUUUUAUUAAUUUCUAUGAUUUUGUUUUUUACGACUAUCUUAUUGGCGGCUGCGGUUGCGAUGAGAGGAGACGUAAACGUGACCAUGGUUUUUCCAGUUCUGAAUCGUUUCUAGCAAUAGAACUUUUUCCGUUAUUAACUGGUGUACAAGGACGUCGUGGCUGUUAUGACGGCUUUGCUUACCCCCGGCUACUGUAUUGCUUGGACAAUCCAAGCGAUGAUUCAAUAUGUCCCGAUGAGGAAACGACCGAAGAGAUGUGGCUUUGUACUUUGUACCAUUUUAGCAAACCCGACACCAGCAGUGAGUCUGAACUCUCUCCCGAGGAUUGUCCAUGUUUGGACGAUUUUCUGGAGAUGCUUGAGGCGACGUUUGGGCGGGAGGAGCCUCCAGACUGCGUCUGCAACGACCGCCGCUACUUCGUCGGCAACAAUUCUGCUGAGAGUCUCAGCGGAAUAUCUUCUAUGGACCUGUGUGGGCUUCUCCAAGAUUUUCCUUUCCCGCUCUUAACCCACUGCCUGAUUGAGCUGUAUAGUGACUUGCUACCGAGCAGCACCAACGAGACCUUCAUUUGCCCAGAGCCGGAGGUGUUGGACUACUUCGAUAUCUGCUUGGACAUCCUGUUUGGAAGGCGUGAUCCGCCGGAUGGGUGGAACGGAACGUGCCCUUGUGCCGGCGAGCUGUACCAGGAACUUUACGACACCUUUGGUUAUGACCUUCCUGUCAACUUCGUCAACGAACUCAACCGUGGAUGUGUCUGCUUCGGCAAUGAAAGCUUCGACGGGGAGAAGUUUGACGAGCUGGAGUUCGCCGUGGAUAGGUACAAAGACUGCGUCGAGGAUCCGUCGACGACUUUUAACAACGGGACCUUCCCUUGUCCGGCUCAAUUUUAUGAAACUUUUCACGGCUGCUUUGAGUUUUAUUUUGGGAACUACUCGGCACCCUUGUACAGAGAAUGCCCGCCACAGGACGAAUUAAUCGAGGUGUUUGUGGACACGUUUAUGGGUGACGAUGUGCCAACAUUUGAUUGUAAUAUGCCUACCGGACAUUAGAUUGCAACCUCUCAAAUCCUUUCCAGACUUGGAAUUAUCAACUGGAAUAGACAUGAAAAUGUACCCAAAAUACCCAUAUAGUGAUCACUGAUGAAAACAUUAUUUAAAACGAAACAAUUGUGGGAUUUUUUUGGUUUUUUUUUGUUGUUUUUGAUGGUAUCGAUGACAUUGCUCAUGACUUUCUAUUAAGAUUUUGACAUGAUUAAUCAAUUUUAAUCAGUUUUCGUGAAAUCUCAUCGUUGAAAAGUGUCGUGUAUCUAGCGUCGGUUACAAUGGAGAAGUUAAUUUUAAUACUACCUGGCAAAGUAGAAAUGCAGCCAAAACUUACAUAUUGACAAUUGUACGAGGUUUUCAUCGUACUUUGAGUAUUGUCGUGCGAACAUUUAUAUACACAGAAGCAUACUGUGCCCAAGCCAAACAGCCCAUUGUUAAUGUUCCUUCAUUGCACUGCUACUGACCCUGGUCAAAGCGUGAAUUUGCGCCAAAUAUAGCUGUAAUUGCUAUAGAUAAGGAGUGUUGAAAUCACCCAUUGGUAAUAUUCCUACAUCGCGCUACUACUGAACCUGGGCAAAGUGGGAAUUUUGGUCAUUUUUUUUUUACUUUUCUUUACACAUUGCUAAUUAUUCCUACAUUACGCUUCCAUUGAGCCUUGACAAAUUGGGAAUUUCUUUCAAUUUUGAUAUAACUGCUAUAAAUAAGGAGUGUUGAAAUUACCUAUUGGUAAUAUUCCUACAUUGCGCCACUACUGAACCUGGGCAAAGUGGAACAUUUCUGAAUUUGAUGUACUUUUCCAAAGUAAAGGUGUUUUGAAAUGACCCAUGGGUUUUAUUCCCACAUUGCGCUUCUACCGAACCUGGGUAAAGUGGGAAUUUCGUAAAAUGUUGAAUUGAUUUGCAAUAAAACAGGGGUGUUAAAAUAACACAUGGUUAAUAUUCCUGCAUUGCGCUGCUACUGAACCUGGGCAAAGUGGGAAUUUCUGUCAAAUUUGAUGUAAUUUCUAUUGUAAAGAGGAGUUGAAAUUACGAUUCCUACAUUGCGCUACUGCUGAACCUGGGUAGAAUUGGAAUUACGUUAAUUCUAUGCACUUUGCGCGUCACAAGCUUGAUACGCUUGAUAACUCGGCAUGUAUACGCGAAAGCUUAUCCGUGCCAUAGUGUGUGGUGGUAUUCUUGUACAGUUUUUUUUUCAAUGACUUGUACUCAGUUUUAUAAUCGCAGCUUGGGAAGACUGCACUAUAUGUGUAUGCAUCGUUUAAGGUAACGGGUAUGUACAAUAAUUUUGAAAAAAAGUUCAUUAACACUGAAAUUAAGGGUAUAAUUGGUAUAUGUAUCUAAGAGGUAUGAAAUACUCUUGUAAUCCAAGUUUAGUGCCAAAAAAAAAUAAUCGAAUUAAUGGAUUUAAAUACUUAAAAAAUAUAAAUGGCACACCGAAGGUGUUCUGUAGAAAUGCAUUCUUUCUUGGACUACAAUGUAUAGCCAUCCAUUUUUGUCAUCAAAACCAUACGCUGGGACCGGGGAGGGGGUAGGGGCUGUUUACGCUUGUCAAAAAUAAAUAUUAAUGAUCAUAACGUUUAACUCCGUGAUAAGCAGGCAAAUCUUCAUUAAGUGAGAUUUGAGGCUUUGCAUGGUGGAGAUAUUUAUAAAUGAAAGGUUUGCGGAAACACC